GUUGGUAAGAUGACGAUUACAUGCAGGCAGGGACGCUUGGAUGCACUGGUACCUAACCUAAAUAUGGGAAUUGUCAUUCACAAUUAUACACGUUUACUCUGAUCAACAGAAGUCGGUGUGUAGUUAACCCAUCUGUCGUCACCCAUUCAUCAUUAUUGCUGCUAAUGAACGCAGCUGAUCGGAUGAGUGUCAGUGCGGCGGACGGGAGCAGUUGAACUGAGACACUGGCCCUUUAAGAGUCCCUGGCUCCAGCGGCAGAGGCGAAGAGAGCGGAGAGCAGCGGCGGUCCGGAGCAGGCACACUGCAGCACAGCCUCCCGUAGCCCACCUGACAGCAGAGCCGAGCCGAGCCGAGUCGAGCCGAGCCGAGCGGAGCAGGGCGGAGCGGCAUCACCGGGCCUGCCACCCGGUCCGCAUCACAACAAAUCGCGUCCUGGAAGGGGGAAUGGCGGGGCACCUAGCCCGCUAGGCUAACCGAACACAUCCCCUAGAAGCGGACGGCGCACGGCCGACGCCCCCCCCCCCCCCUCCUCGAAGAUGGUCUCGUGGAUCAUUUCGAGGAUAGUUGUCCUCGCCUUUGGGACGCUCUACCCGGCAUACUCCUCAUAUAAGGCGGUCAAAACGAAGAACGUGAAGGAAUAUGUGAAGUGGAUGAUGUACUGGAUAGUAUUUGCGUUGUUCACCACAGCAGAGACGGCCACAGACCUGCUCCUAUCAUGGUUUCCAUUUUACUUUGAGCUAAAGAUUGCCUUUGUGAUCUGGCUCCUGUCCCCAUACACCAAAGGCUCCAGCGUCCUCUACCGCAAGUUUGUCCACCCGACCCUGUCCAACAAAGAGAAGGAGAUCGAUGAGUAUAUAACACAGGCCAAAGACAGGAGUUACGACACCAUGAUGAGGUUCGGAAAGCGGGGUCUCAACCUGGCUGCUACUGCGGCCGUCACCGCAGCCACCAAGGGACAGGGUGUGCUGUCGGACAAGCUGCGUAGUUUCAGCAUGCAGGACCUGACUCUCAUCAACGCGGACGACGAUCUGGCUCUGCACACUUCAGAUGCUCGCAUGAGACGGGACCCCAUGGACGAGAUGAGCUCAGGGGCCAGCACGCUGCCGCGGGCCAAGAGCACUGCUGCACGGCAGACCCGCUCUUCGGCAGCCGUGUCCCUUGCUGAUGACGUGUCAUCCCAACACAGCUCUGACCAAUCGGACACGAGGACUGAGCACUCCGAUGAAGAUGUGGGAGAGAAAGUCCCCAAACGUGCGACUAGUGUCAAAGCAACCAAGAAACCUGCUGCUUCUAAGACAGAGCCUCAAACUAAGGCGGUGAAGAAGCCAACAAAGAAAAAGACUACGACCAAUAAUGCAGAGACGCCACCAUGAGGCCUGCUGCACACAGCCUGCAGACUCUUCUUCCUGUUCUUCUCCACACAAACACAUAUCCACUACGUGUGUGUGUAUAUAUAUAUAUAUAUAUGUAUGUCAAUCACCAAAAUUGCGUCGCUCUUGAUGGUUUUUAGAGCAAAGUGCAGAUUUAGUUUUUAGCCACCUUUUAUGAGGGAAAAGUUCAUUAGCAUUUUCUGGGUUGUUGCAUUUUUUGUCUCACUGACAUUUAAAAGUCGGAUGUUUCUCUGACCCCCCUUUUUUUAUUUUGAAGGUCAUUAGUAAUCACAUAAUUGAUGCUCCUACUCUCUUUGACAUGUAGGCACCUGUAAUAGCUGAUGAUAUGAGCUGGUCAUGUGCAGUCUUUUAGUCUUUUCAAUUCAGUAUUGAUGUUCUUGAUCCAGCUGUGGCGGUUUGAUCUAUUCUUCACGCCUACCUCCCUAUAUUUGGGUCCCUUAUAUGACCUCUGGAUACUGGUUCCAGUUGAAAAACUAAAAUCUCAUGUUGAUUUUCCAUGAUUGUAGAACUCCUCAGAAACAUCUGGUUGAAGUUAUAAAUAUUUUUUUUAUUUACCAGGGAGGCCUGCACUGACCACUAGUCGUAAACACCCUUAAUACUGACUCAGACCUCAUCAUUCCUCCUUUUACCUACAGCUCAGCACAUAAUGGCUUUCAAUCAGCGGUCUAGUUUUACAGGAUGACUUGAUCAUGAUCUAAACUGUCUUGGUUUUCUCUCUUACCUUUUUUUUUUUUUAACCAUUUGGUCUAAAGUUUAACUUCCCCUCACUAGGUCUGUAAACCUCUGAGUGAGUCUGGCUCUGCUUUGUUCAGGUCUCACUUUUGUCACCUUUCUUCCUCACUACUUUAAUAUGACUUCCGCGUCAUGUACAGUGAUGGAGAGGUUUGUUUAGUGUUGGCUUAGUUAUCCUUCAUCUAGACGUCCCACCCUAAGGUUGUAUUUACCCACGAUCAUUAAUUUAUUACACUUCUGUUUUAUACAGUUCUGUUGGUCAUGUAAUAUUGGUAAUAGAUAUGAUCACUGUGCAUAACCACGUCUCUUAAGGUAAUGCUGUAACUAACUGACUGAGUAAUACACUCGUCAUAGACGAGUUGCCAGUGUUGGUGAGGUAACAUCUGCUUUCAGUGAUGUCAGUAAUAUCGUCUAUGUUCAACAUUAGGAAGUCAUGGAAGUAGCUUUGCACUUUCUCAGUGAUUUGAACCGCGCUGUGGUGAUACUUUGCCUCACUAUCAAAGCAGGAUGAAGCAAUAUGGAAGUAAUUCAACCAAAACCAACAUCAAGAGACGGUGAGAAUUAUUUUCUCAUCUAGGAAGAGCUUUUUUUUUCCAGUUGCCAGACUCUUCACUCGUCAUGGUUUCUUCUGAGUGCUCUGUAAUGGGAAAUCUAAAAGCAUGAGACCACUUGUGCACUCAUCACUGCUGUCUGCAGGGGGAGACAAACCCCAACUCAACUGUCGGCAAACUUAAUAAACUAUGUCAACGCAAUGUAAAUAGGAAACGUCGCUGUAUAAACAGUGAGAGCUUGCUUGCCUUAUUCAUUCUCUGGGCUGACAAACAUUUGAUUUCACCAUAAUUUGUGGGUUAAAAUUCAUAAUCUUGACAAAUCAUAUGCUCUGAGAUCAGAGGAAAUUGAUUUUUGUUGUUGUAUUUUAAUUAACAAGUCUACUUCACAUCAAGUCUUAGUAGAGAAUUUCAACCGAGUCUAAACGAAUGCUUGUAUGUUCACAUCCUGCUAUGUUCUCUACUUAGACUGGUUAUAAAUUAUCAUAAGGCCAUGGGCUUUUAAUUUUAAUGUUUAGAAGUCACAUUCUGUCUUAUCAAGAUACCGCUCUAGAUUUUUUUCUUGUUUCACAUUGGAUAUUUAUUUUUGAUUUUUUUUCUAUUUAAAAUCAGUAUUGCAUACAGAGACAUUCAUAUAUUGUUUGUGCCAAUUCUCAAAGCUCCAUGUCAAAAAGGAUAACAGUGUGUGUGCUGGGACAAUGGUGUAACAAGGUCAUGUAACAGUAAUAAAACUACUAAUAAAUGAAAGUAAA